CUGCUAUUUCUAUUAACCUUGUUGUGGUGUCAGUUGGGCACUCAUUUUAAUUUUAAUUGUUAAUUUUAAUUAUUGUUUUAUUAAUGGCAGAAGCAAGAAAACCACAUCACUCGAUCCUCAAAUUUUUACUAGGUGAUUUUUUCCCCCAUAAAAAUUGAAUUAGGUGCAUUUUUAUUAAUUUUCAAAAAAUGAAAAACGUUUGCAAACGUGCAUGUUGUGUCUCAGCUGCCUCAGCCAGAAAUACCAGACAUGAUUUGAGCAAAAUGGGUCAGCUGUUAACAGAACCAGUUCGAGAGAAACAUACCUCCAAAAUGGACACUCCAAAGUACACAGUUGGCUUAAGCUCGAUGCAGGGCUGGCGUGUUUCAAUGGAAGAUGCUCACACAGUCCUGCCUACACUUCCAGAAGACGAGGCCCCAGUUGCUUCUUUCUUUGGAGUGUAUGAUGGUCAUGGUGGAACAAAGGUGGCAGAUUUCGUAAGUAAGAAUCUUCAUAGAUACCUGGUAAAAUCCAAAGAAUAUCAAGCGGGUAAGAUAAAAAAUGCUUUGGAAUUUUCGUUUUUAGACCUCGAUAAUCAAAUGAGCAAAAAUAAAGACAUAAAUGAAGACAUGUCAGGAUCUACAGCAAUAGUGAUUGUUAUUAAAAAUAAUACUUUAUAUUGUGCAAACGUUGGAGAUUCCAGAGCAGUAGCUUAUGUCAACGGAGGCACUGUUUCACUUUCUGAAGACCAUAAACCUACUCUUCCAGGUGAAAGGUCAAGAAUUUUAGAAGCAGGAGGAUGGGUCGAACAAGAACGAGUUAAUGGUUCUUUGGCAUUAUCAAGAGCUUUUGGUGAUUUUCAAUUCAAAGCAGAUCCUUUAAAACCACCAGAGAAACAAAUAGUGAGUCCAUUUCCAGAUGUUGUAACAAAACAUCUUUCUACAGAUUGGAAAUUUCUAAUAAUAGCAUGUGAUGGGAUAUGGGAAUGUCUAACAAAUGAAGAAGUGACAAAUUUUAUCAAAGUGAGACUUGAUGAAGGUAUGCAACCAGACACAAUUUGUGAACAGCUGAUGGAUAAAUGCCUUGCUCCAACCACUGAGAAUUGCGGUCCAGGAUGUGAUAAUAUGACUGUCAUUAUUAUUGUUUUUAAAUGGAAAUGAGGAGGCUCAAACUACAGCUCCUAAAAUAAAAAUACAAUUUUUAAAGGAGAACUUUAAACUAAUUUGAUUAAUGGAUGUAAUAACAAUAUUGUACGCUACUAAGGCAAUCACUUGAUUCUAAAACUGUAUAAUGGUAUUCUUUUUUUUAAAGUAAUGAUAAGACUGAAUAAAAAGGCUGAUAAAUUU